CCUCCGUUUCCUCUGUAAACUAGUUCUCCUAUGCGCUUGGGUUCGGUUCGGUUCUGGUUCCCCUCGUGUCACAGCUAAACUAGAACCUGAUCUUUGUGUGCCUGUGCGAACUGGACCGAUCUGAACCAGGUUAGGUUCUGGAUCCCACAGAACGGUUAAUCGGCUCUUUCCGCCCUCCAGCUUCUAAGCGGUUGUCAUGGUGACCGGGUUCCCGCCGCUGGUCGCGCGCCGCAGUGAGUCGGAGGGAUGGUGAGUCACCGCGAGCUGCUCCGACGAACACGGAGCGGUACCAGUCGCGACCGACAACAGAACCAGAACCCCUAGACAGGCCGAACCGCUGGCACCGAUACCCGGACCGGGACCCGCCGGCGGUCUGCUGUCCGGCUGACCGCGGCCGAGAUCUGCAGUGACGUCACAUAUAGCGGUGUGUCGCGGGGACAUUAAUCAGGACACACUGUUGCUGAGCGCGAGGCCACGGCUGCAGCCGGCGGAACCGGUUCCGUCAGACCCAAAACCGCUGGAUUCCCUUCAACCUUCAGGACCACAGGAACUGUUGAUGCUGAAGGCCAACAUGUUGCUGCAACCACCGGAAGCCUGCAGCAACCAGAACCAUCGGAGCAACUGAGACCAGAACCAGCGGAGUCCAGAACCCCCUGAGACUUGAAGACCUUCAGCAUCUCCACAGGCCAGCAGAUGGUGGACUUGUGUUGGCUCUGGUUCGAUCUGGUUCUGUUAGAUGUCAGUUCUGGUUCUGAUCCAGAACUCCAACGUGUGGCAGAUUCCAGUUGAACGGUGAAUCUUCCUCAACCUGCAGAGCACCCUGUGGUACCCCACAGAUGGACGUCUGGCCUCCUGGUUGGACGGAUGAACAUCCGCACUCUGACUGAUCUGCUCUGCUGGCCUCAACCUCAAAUAAUGACCAGUAAGAUGAACCAGCUGAUGGAGGCGGAGCUUGGCCAGGAGAUUGAAGGCAAGGUUCAGACCUGGGCCCAGUCUCUGGUCUACACCGUGGAGGAACUGGAGUGUAAGAUCUGCUACAACCGAUACAACACUCGGAGCCGGAAACCCAAGCUGCUGGGCUGCCUGCACCGGGUCUGCGCCAAGUGUCUCAAGAAGAUGGUGGACAUGGGAGACUCUUCGCCAACCGUCAUCAGCUGCCCAUUCUGCCGCCACGAGACCUACGUCCCUGAUGAGGAGGUGUGGCUGAUGGAAGACGACCGGCACAUCAUGGCGGUUCUGUCCUGUCAGGACCGAGCCCAGCAGGAGGGAUCAGCAGUUAAAGAUGGCGGCGGUUCAGAGGUGGUGUUGACUCCCACUGCUCUGAAAGCUGCAGCAGCCGCGGGGACGGACGCGUCCCUCCGGUCCUCGGACUGCCUGGUCAUCACCAUCAUGGAGCUGCCGGACGACUCCCCGUCCUCGGACUCGGUCAGCAUGAUCAAUGUGGUCGGUCUGUACCGGCCGCCCAGCCUGGACUCGCUGCCCUGCAGCUUUCCGUCGCAGAAGUGUUGUGCCUGGACGUCCCGCAGCUUUCCACGCUGCCUGCUGGGGGCGCUGUGCAUGGUGUACUUCAGCUCGCUGCCUCUGGGGAUCUACCUGCUGAUGAUGGGCCAGCUGCUGCUGGGCGUGGUUCUGGUCAGCCUGGUGCCGUCCACGCUGCUGCUGCUCGUUCUCUAUGGAUUCUGCCAGUGCAUCUGUCAUGAGGUGAGGGAGGCGAUCGCUGCACGCAGGCUGCCAUGACGACAACGAAGGCUGCUGCCAUGGCAACAAGGACACCAGAGCGGCGAACACAAGACCUGAACUCUCAGCUGAUUCCUGAUUGGCGGAGGCGGUAAAGGCCCCUCCUCUUUUGAGCACCAGCAUCACUUUCUUGGCCAAAACAGAAACGGACCAGAAGUUUCAUCCUCACAGCCAGAGAGGGACAGGCUAGAAACUCCUGUUAGCAUGUUGCUAAUGACAUGCUGUGUAACAAUCUGUAUGUAAAUAUGUAAUUCUGUUUGUCAGUGAACCUUCUGACAGCCUAUCAGCCAGUAACAAAAUAACCAGUUUAACAAAAUAACCCAAAACAUUGGAAACACGCUAGCCUCGCCUAGCACAUAGACUGGUGAAAAUGGAUGUUAGGCUAAUGUAGCGCAAACACAAGAAAUGUUGGUAAAUGCUAUGGGUUAGGACUGAGUUAGCAUAAGGACAGUAAUAACAGGAAAGCAUUAGCAUAGCUUAGCACAAGAAUGGUAAACAGAGAGAAUGUGUUUGUUGAAUUUAGCAAAAAGACUGAAAAGACAGAGAAAGGGUUAACCUAGCUUAGCAUAAAUACUGGAAAUUAAGGUAAAGUAUUACCAUAGCUUAGCAUAAAAAGUAGGAAUUAAGUGUUUUUCCAUCUUUGCAAAAUGAUUGUAAGUGAAAGUUAUGCUAGCUCAGUACUGAAACUGGAAGCAAAGUGUUAGCUUAGCUUAGCAAAAUGACUGGAAGGGAAAGUGUUAGCCUAGCUUAGCAUGAAAAGUGGAAACAUUAGCCAUGGACAAAGAUAAGAAAUAAAGUUGGGUAAUUUCUGUUUUCUCCUAACAUGAUGCUAAAUUCA